AGGAGUAUUAUUGGAGCGCCGCUGGGGGGCAGCAGUCUGAAGUCAGCAGAGUCAGUCAGAUAAAGGCGGUUGUGCCGCACAGAGAGCCAUGUAAACAAAGAGUCUAACUUCUGAUAUGCCUCUUAAAUAAUACAGAAUUAAUCAUGGGGAAGCGGGACAACAGAGUGGCGUAUGUGAACCCAAUAGCUGCUGCCAGAGCCAGAGGACCAACACCUCUUAGCGGUCCCACCAUACAAGACUAUCUCAGUAGACCUCGACCAACAUGGGAGGAGGUGAAGGAACAGCUGGAGAAGAAGAAAAAAGGCUCGAAAGCUUUGGCUGACUUUGAGGAUAAAAUGAAUGAGCGAUGGAGGAAGGAGCUGGAGAAAAACAGAGAGAAGAUACUUGGAGGGGGUGAAAAGAAAGAAAAAGACAAAGACAAGAAAGAAAAGGAGAAAGAUAAAGACAAAGAGAAGAAAGAAAAGGAGAAAGAGAAAGACAAGAAAGAGAAAAAGAAGAAAGAAAAGAAAAAAUCAAGUAGGCAUUCUUCGUCUUCUUCCUCCUCCUCAUCGAGUUCUGAUUCCUCCAGCAGUUCGUCAUCUGACUCUGAAAAUGAGGAUGAAAAGAAGAGUGUGAAGAAGAAGCGGAAAAGAAAGCGAUCUUCAGUGCGGAAAACGUCUGAUGAUUCUGAUGCAGAGUCAGACACAGACAGUAAGGAAUCAUCAAAGAGGAAGAGGAAGAAACUCAGGGAGGAGGGAGAUAAAGAUAAGGAUGAUAAGGGCAGUCGAAAGAAGAAGAAGAGUGCAGAGAAGAGCCACUCAGAGUCCUCAGAUGAGUCUGAAGUAGAGGGUGAUGUUGAAAAAAAGAGAAAACACAGUAGCGAAGAGAAAGAGAAGACCACAGACAGAUCGAAGAAAAAGAAGAAGAAGAGGCAUAAGAAACACAGCAAGAAAAAGAAAAAGAAGACCUCAGGAUCCGAGUUGGAUUAGAACGUAGCCGUAUAGCCUCCUGUCUGAAAGGUAGUGGGAAGACCUUGGGAGUGUUUGGAGUUCUUGCCUCAUUGCUGGAAAUCCCAAUGAAGUCUGCUGGAGGGACUUUGACUCUGGCUGUCUUUGGAGCGGUGUGUCUUCCUGCCUAACCAGAAUUAUAUUUGGAUGGAUGGAUGGAUUGAUGGAUGAGGUGUUUGAAGAGGUUGUGAGCUUGUGGGUUUUUUUUAUGUUUUGCGUGUGUUUAUUUUAUUUUUUUAAGCGGAAGGUUCUCUGUCUAAAUAAAAGCUCAGUUAUCUCAUUGGUUUUUAGUUGUGUUGUAAUAUAUACAUAUCUACAUGUGAUAUGUACACAACCUGAACUCAAAGAGGAACCAUCUAAAAGACUGAUGUGCUGGGUUAAACAUUUUUCAUUAUGCAUCCUAGUUAUCCUUUCUCAGUAUGUCAUAUAUUUUAACAUAUACACUUUGUGACAUUGUUUGUGCUUUACGAUUUGUCAAAAAGAGAGAGCUAGAUUAAAAAAUUAAAACAAUGAA